AUGGCUAUCACACAUGUUUUGUUACAAUCCAAUUUCAAUUCCAACAUCCAACAAUGGUUUCCAACAAAUUGGUCUUAUGAUAAUGGCCAUCUUUCAAGGAUCAAUUACUCUUGUCGUUACAAUGUCGUCGUUACUGCCUCCCUUCCUCGAACAAGGAUGAAAUGUGUCGCGAUGAAUCAUCAUAAGACGUUGGACGUAGAAAAUGAUAGCGCGUUAAGAAACAUUGAUACCGGAUGUGAUAUAAAUGAAGAUUUUUGGAGAUCAGUAGAGGAUUUUUUCAAGGCAUUACAAAAACCAGUAAUAACUGGGGUCAUGAUUUUAUUAAGUUUGAUAUUUUGUUUUGAUCAGCAACGUGACGCGUUGGCUGCUACUGGUGGACGAAUGGGUGGGAGGUCAUUUUCAUCUUCUAGUAGUUCUGGGAGUAGCUCGAGAUCCUCGUCUUCUUCUUCUUCUUCUUCUAGAAGUUAUAGCAGCCCGAGUUCCUCUUCGUCUAGCAGUACCAGGUCCAGCAGCCCAAAGUCGUCGGCUUCUGAAAGUUAUAAUGCCCCAAGUUCCUCUUCGUCUAGUAGUUAUAGCAGUACCAAGAGCAGCAGUCCAAAAUCAUCUUAUUCUGAUGAAAGUUAUAGCAGACCAAGAUCCUAUUCGUCUAGAAGUUAUAGCAGCCCAAAAUCGUCUAAUUCUGUCAAUUAUAACACUCAGGUCGGAACUGUACCAUCCGAGAAAGCAAAAAAACUUGAACGGAAGGAUGUUUUUUGGAUAGUCACGGUCGUUUCCAUUAUUUGUUUGAUUGUCUACUUGGGUACCCGUCCUGAUUCUGUUCAAGAUACUGCGAAAUCAAGUGUUAUCAAACUACAGGUUGGAUUGCUGGGUACGGCUAGAUCACUGCAAAAAGAUCUGGAUAAGAUUGCUGAAACAGCUGAUACCUCCAACCCAAAGGGCUUGAGCAAUAUAUUAAAAGAGACAACAGCCGCUCUACUACGGCAUUCUGGUUAUUGCAUCUCUAGUUAUUCUUCUGUGGAUGUGAAGAGGGGUGCAACGGAAAGUGAGAAAAGAUUUAAUCAACUUUCUAUUGAAGAGAGGAAUAAGUUUGACAAGGAAACUCUGGUCAAUGUCGACAACAUUAAAAAGCAAACUGUAUCAAGUUCGACAUCUAAUGAGGCCUGUAGCGAGUACAUUGUGGUGACGAUCAUCGUGGCAGCUAAAGGCAUACUGUACUUACCACCCAUCAAAAGUGAUGCAGAAUUGAAAAAAGCUUUACAAAAGCUAGCCUCUAUUUCUUCAAGCAAUAUUAUGGCAGCCGAGGUGUUAUGGACCCCACAAGAGGAAAAUGAUUGUCUUACAGAGAAAGAAAUGCUUGAAGAUUAUCCGCAGCUACGACCUUUGUAG